GCGCCCGAGACCAAGCCAUUUUUUUCGUAGGUAAACAAAGGUCGUCCCUUCGCCAGGUUUUUUCCUUCUGCAGACGUUUGCCCCGACAUCUGUUCACCCAGGCGACGCCCCUUGGUGGAACAAAGUCACCAGUUCAGUGUGCGGAUCCAGUCUCCAUGUGAUCGUUGCUGCACUGUCUGCUGGUCAUAACAGUUUUGCCCUUUUUGAGUACACGAAGUGUGAUUGGGAUGCAUUUUUGAUGCUGAAAUUAACAUAAAGUUUGACCAGUAGAAAGCUGCGCACAUCCCAGUAGUGCUUCUCAAGAUAAGAGAACUAAAAUACAUCUUUAUGUUAUUAGAUGUUCAGAAUAACAGCAGCUCUUUGUUGUACUCACGAACAGCUGAUAGGAGUAGAAUUCGUGUUGUUCAUCAUUUUCAAAGUAGUUGCGUUGGACCGUGAAUAGAGUACAUGCUAGUUGAGGACUUCCUUACUAACUUUAUUUGGCAGAGCCAAGGGUGUUUCGAAGCAGUAUGCAAAUGUUCACAUGCACACACAAAGUUUAAAGACUCCGACCGAUGACACAUAGACUUCAGAAUUGUUUGCAUGGAAACAGGAUUCCAUUUCCAGAGGUCACCCACUAACUGUGGCUCCAUUCUCCAUGUGAUUCGUACUGGACUAGCUGUGAGUUGUGCUGUGUGCUCUCUUGAGUGAGGAUAUCAACCGAGGAGUGUUAGAUCCUUGAAGCCGUCUGGGGCGCUGUGGUCUGUAUACCAUCAACGUCAAUCCUAUUGGUCAUCAGUGAACUGAGUGGUCUGGGAGGACAUUCCAGUGAUUUAUCAUUUUUUCUUUUAUUUUUCAUUGUGUUUGAACAGAAAUCGAUAUUGUUAUAGGUUACUGAGAGUUGAAACUGUCUGUGGCUUUUGGGACGAAACUGGUUUGUGUUCGCAGUGUGAUGAAACAAAUUAGAAAAAUUGGUUGCCUCAAGUUUUUGUAGAGACAUUACCUUGUUAGGUAGAAUGUCUGUUAAAGCACAUAUUCUGUAGCAUAUUUGCUUAUGUCCAGCAACCUUUGAGACGUUAGAUUAAGGCUGUACUUGUAAAUUAAGUCUUACUAGCGCCAGGGAUUAAACUAAAGCUGACAUUCCAGAAUGAACUUUGUGCCGCGAAACAUCAACGGGGUGACAAGAGUCAAGACCCCAGCUGACGAAAAGCCAUUUGCCUGCGACAUGUGCGAGAAGACUUUCCUCCACAAGAUCAGCCUCCUGAGCCACCUACGUACGCACACUGGAGAGAAGCCCUUUGUCUGCACCUUCUGUCAUGAAAGUUUCAUCAACAAAUACUUCCUGAGCAAGCACAUGAUAAGCCACACUGGAGAAAAGCCGUUUACUUGCUACGUCUGCGAGGAGAAGUUCGUUACACGAUAUCUGCUCAACAAGCACAUAGUCUGCCAUGCAGGGGAGGUCAUGUUGCAGCAUUAUGCUAGGACGGGUGCUACUUUCACCCCGCCCCAGCCUGUCGCCGCAGAGGGCAAGUCUGAUUCUGAGGAGCACGGAAAGAACCCUCCUGCAGAAGGGGAGUACGCGAAAGCGCCGUCGUCGACCGAACAAUUCGCAAAGGCCCCAUCCGCAGACCAGUACGCCAAGUCCCUCUCCGUCGAGCAGUUCCCAAAGGUCAAUUCUGUGGAGGAAUACGUCAAGUACCUGGCCUCCGAGCAGUACAGAAAAGCCCACGGGGAGAACUUCACCAAACCCAUCACGCCCGAACAGUAUUCUAAGUCCAUCUCGUACCCCGACCACUACAUCAAAAGCCCAGCGGAACCACACAUCCCCAAGGCUCUCCUCCCACCCGAACACUACCCAAAACCUCCUCCUCCUCCUCCUCCCUCCCAGCCACACAUGAAUUGAGACAAUCGUUGGAAUCUUCCCUAAUAUAAAAAAAAAAUUAAAAAGACAGAGUUUAGUAUGACUACUAAUCUUUUAGCUACAAUCAUACUGAAGGAACUUUACUGUUAUACAGUAUACGUUGAAAUGGAAAAUACUUCAAAGUACAGUACUUUUUUUUUUUCUUUUGUGGGGUAAUUAGGAUUUUCAAGGAAAGUAUUUUGCCCUGUCAUUUUUAUUCAUUCAUUUGGCGGUGCAGUCGUGGUCGCCUGAAACCAUCGCUAACUACUACUGGAGCGUACGAAAAGCCUUACCGACUUUAUUUGCAUUCUUUCAGGUAGCUCUCGUCUUCAGCCAUAUUAAACACCUUUUAUUCUCGAUGUAGUGUUGCUGUAUAACAUUUAAAAUGCUCUGUAUUACAUGCAUAGCUGUUGUUGCGGAUUUGUACGGUACAGUGUGCUGUAUGUACAGGAAGAUAUGCGCGGAGAUGUACCUUGAAUCUAAUAUGCAGAUGUUUUUGCAGUGCGUGAAUUAGCCACGAGUGGCUUCAUUAACUGAUGAUGUAGUUGUAUUUCAAAUGCAUUAUAUAGACUAGUUAAUUGGUUUUUCAGUGAGCUUCAUUGUUUUUCAUGUUGAUUAGAUGGGUAAUGAAGCCAAGAGAAUGCGCAGUUUUUCAUGACAGGAUAUUAACUGAGCAACAAUUAUAUUUUAUCAUGUUGCAUCGUCAAUUUUUUUUUUCUAGCGUCCAUUAUCAUCUCUGGUUGUAAGAAAGCAUUGGAAUAAUGAACCUGAAGAUUUUAUAGCAUUAUCUAAGAUCUUGAACCAGAGUAUAUAUAAUAAUUUUCACCUUUUCCAGUUGAUGAAACAAGGUCAGGCGUAAGUAGCACAGAAGAAUGGAGCCAGUUGCCUGGGUGAGAGGGGACCAUUAGUUUAGACUGGAGGAGGAGAAGAGAAAAGUGAAUAUGCAGCAGAGGACAAUUGAGUUGGGGAGACCCACCUGUUCAAUGUUCGAAGUGGUAUAAGAGUACCAGACAAUUUGUAUAAGGGGUAAAAAUGUCAAUUUUCAGAUGCGUUAGGGUCGUAAAGCAUUGAACCGAAGACCAGCCUUGAAAGGUUCUUAGAUAAUUUUAUUCACAUCAAAUUGAUGUCUCAACAAUCCAGUUGUAUAAGAGAAGAAAAUAAUAAUUUUCAGAUGCAUCAGGGUCGUAAAACAUUGAACCAAAGACAGGCCUUGUUUAUUCAUUUUUAAAUUAAAGUUGCAAAAAAAAUAGCACACUUAAGAAUCAUUAGAGGAUAUAUGUGAAGUACAAAGAAGUUUGCCAAAUGUUUUAUCGUAAACUAAAAGCACAAUGUUACGUAUUAGUUUUGCCAAUUUCACCUGUCUGUAUUCUCUUGCCUUCAGUACUCAGUACGUAUUUCGUGUAACGUAGAUCUUAUGUUAUGGAGAUGUUUAAUUUUUUUAUCAAAUAACAUUUUGCUACGGAAAAUGGGAUGAUGUUGACAAUGAUUGGGACACUCGUACAAUACUGACUGAUAUAUUUUGAUUAGUAGAUAGUCAAGUUUUGUAUAUCAAUACUCAUUUUGCCAAAAAACAAAAAACAAAAAGACUAAAAUUUAUUUGUACCUGUUUAUAACUCAUACAUAUUUUGUCUUGAAUUUCGUGUAGCUUCUAGGACCCCUCAAAUCCUAAAAUGUUUAUCCAAAACUUCAAAAUCAACUAUAAUUUUUUUUACUGUGCAUAGCACCCAAGUUUUAUAUUUUUUACUUUUUUGUUAUAGUUAUAUAUAUAUUUUUUCUUUUUUCAAAAUUUAUACUUUUUGCAUUUUUAUAUAUCUUCAUUGCAUUGUUUUUAAAUAAAGGUGCAAAUAAAACCCUAUUAAAUAUGAAUAUGUAAAUUGGUGAUUAAUAUUUAUCUGUUUAUUGUCACAGAAUGAAAUCUCAUGCAAGAAAGGAUGUAUUAGUGAGUAAGAAAUGCUUUAUGAACUGCAGAAACAGCGAAUAAAUUUUAUUUAGGAAACCGAACGCUUAACCUUGAGAGAAAUAAUAUGGGUCUACUUAUGUUUUGUGAAUGAUUAUUUGAAAUCUUGAUAUUUCAAGCAAUGAUGUAUCUAUAACCUUUAUUAUUCAAGUUUUUUAUGUAUUUUCUAGUUAUGUUUGUCAAAAGUGUUUUUGUUAUGAAAUGUGUUAGUGGAAAAACUAAUGACUUGUUACGAUUUUUGAUAUUUUAUAUGUUAUUAUUGUCAUUAUAUCAGCAUAUUGUUACUUAAAUUAUAUUUAUAGAUCUCCUAAUCUUUUAACUUCAUGGCAUACAGUUAUUAGUGUUUUGAUAUUUGAAAUUGUCAGAAAAGAUUUUUUUUUAUUAUUAUUUUUAUAGAAUUUAUGAUUGGUAUGAAAAAAAUGUAAUUUGUAUGGUAUUAGACUUAUAUUAAUGUGUUAUUGUCAUUAAUUUUGUUAUUUUUGUUAAUACUUUAUUAGGAACAGUUUUGCUAUUUUUGUUAUUGCAUUGAUAUUGGUAUCAAGUCAAAAUUAUGCACAGAUAAUAAUUUGAAUAACUUGCAUAGACAAGGUACUAUACUUAGACCCGUAUAUCUGGAGUACCGUACGAUGUAAGGUAGUAAACAUCCUACUUUGCGCAAUUACCUCAUGUAUCUGAACCGUACACGUGAUGCCAUUUAUAACAUAUUCAUAACAUGUCUACUUCUGCAUGCAUAUGGUGUCUAUGCAUACGGGCACUCUAGGUAAAAACAAGGGUAUUUGUGCUGUACGUAUACCAUUUUAUGCAUAUACCGGUCGUCUGUGUUUCUAGGUGCUCUUCUAUAGUAGUUGCUACUACAGUAUAUCGAAGAUUUGAAAACGCAUGUUCCCGGUGUUGUGUAGUUUUAUAAGUUGUUGUGAUUUUAGCGAGGCAGAUCAAAAGUCGUUGAGAUUGGACACAAAUGCCUGAGAGAUAUUUGCGUGAAUGCAGUUGUAUUAUGCUUUAGAUCAGUGGAACAUUGGCCUAGUAUACGCAAUGUCUUAGGUUUGAUUCCGGCCCACCGUCCACCACUGAGCCUAACAUUUAUUGGUUACUAGCCUUAGCUGCUGUUAAGUAAAGGUUAUGUAGUAACCCUAAUCCUACGUCAAUUGGAAUAGUACUGCCAGAAGAAUAGAGCUGUGAAUUACUCAGCGAGUCUUGGUGGAUCAGUUGCUGGUUUCUAUUUCAUGCCUUUUUUCAACAACAGCUAAUGUUGGUACCCAUUAGCAGCUGGCUUGACUAGUGGGCUGCAGGCCAGGUUAGGUAUCAAAUCAAUUAUUGCUUAUGCAAGCCUACCACAAUACCACUUUUAAAUUGUUCUUGGAGAAGGGUUUGCAAAAGACAAAGACAGCUUUAGCAAAAGCAAAGACUAGUAUUGUGUAAAGUAAGUUCUUAAAGCUCAAAGACUUUCACCACUAACUUCAGAUUUCAUGAACACAAAGCAGCAUCGCGUCUCAUGUAGCAUCUUCCAGCCAAACUUUGGACUGAAUAGCCAAUAAUCAAUCUAUUUGUUAUCAUGAACGAGCGUCACAGUUAGCCUAAACAGACGACAGAAAUGUAGUGGUCUGAGUUUCGCUCUUUGUGAAAAAAGAUGCUCGGCUCGAAUUCUACACAAAAUACGUUUUGCUGCUUGGUACAGAGUUGCUAUUGAGAAGAUGCUAAAUGAUACCAGAAGAUGUGCUCUUGUGACUCUACUUUUCAGUCUUGUUAAUCAGCGUAUGCAAUGGAAAGCGAAUAAUUUUGUACGUCGGAUGCAUAAGCUGUCUUUUCCUUGGUGCUCUGAAAGGUAUUAUAAUUGGUACUAUUACACUAUAGUAAUGAUAAGCUGUCCAAGUGGUCAGCCCCAAAUCAAGAAAACCAUUGGUAAUCUCUUAUAACUUUGUAUUGUAUGGCACAUUUUAAUAUGAUGCCAAGGUCAUUGGAAAUAGAAAUGCAUGGUAUUAAAAAUUACUGAUUAGGUUUAGGGAUAUGUUAAUUAUUUGACCAUGGUUAGGGAUAAUAGUUAUUUGACCAUGGAAUGAAGAUUUCAAUUAAUAAGUGCACUGGUAAUUUUGAGCCUAAAUUAGAAGCAGUGGUUCAUUUAUUUAAAUGAAGGAAUCCACAAGAGAUUGUAAGAAGGAAAAAUGGUUUUGCACGACAACAUUGUCAAGUAGAAAUAAAACGAGGAAGAAGACACAUUGGAGUUGCUUCUUAAAAUUACAUUUUGUCCCUGACUUCUUGUAUUUUGUGUCACAGGCUCUCUAUUUUAUAGGUAGUAGAUAUUUUGCUAUUUCAGCAGAAUGGUUUAAUUAUCAUAUUUCUAUUUAGCUAUCUGUAUGUUGUUAUAUGUACACAUGUACACACACGUGUUGAAUUCAGAUUCAUAACCAGCAGUUCCUAUGCAGUAAUUAUGUUCUGUUCAUAAUACUGUUCAUGCUAAACAAAAUUAGGGGCACCUGUGCCACCAAGCUGUUAAUUUUUAUAUUUUCUGUAGACUUACUACUGUGUUAUCGUUGAUGUAGGAUAGGCUGGGUUAUGUACCAGCCGGGGCUUUUGUUCCUUGGGCAGCCCGUAAGCGAAGAUUUUGAUGUUUAUGGGUUCAAGAGGCCUGGUUAGACCUCUAUAUGUUGCUCUUACAACCUAUGAACAAAAUCUUGAGUAUGUUGUUGAUUUCUUCUCAUGUAUUUAUGACCCAAAAAAGAAAUGAUGGAUGGCUACUUGAAGUUAAUUUAAGUUUGAAUAAGUGCAAUAAACUUGUAAUUUUUAAAAUGAAAUGUCUAUAUAUCAAGGUUUAUUUAAGAUUUUGCUGAUUUUAUGGUAAUUAUUCAAGGUCAUUAUGUAAAUAAGAUUAAGUAUGUAUACGACACUUCUUUUUUCGCUGCGAAAAGAUAUUUUUGUACCGUUUUGUGGACUUAUGAAAAUGUUUUGAAUUGAGUAUAGAAUAUUGACCAUUUAUAAAUUGGUGAUAGCUGGACAUUGCGUCAAAAAGUAAAAAGAAUUUCGUUUUUAGGAAUAGAAUAAGAUUCGAAAGAACAGGGUGAAGCGGCUUUAUUAUUUUAUAUUUGCAUUACGAUUCGGAGUCAGUGUGUUUAGGGAAAUUAAGUACAUGUAUAUGAGAGUGUGGGUCUUUUUCUUGCGCACGUUUCACGAACUGCCCAAUUUCUGUAGACGUUUAUCUCAGUCAGUGGGCUUGAAACUACUUUGGUCAGCCAUAUUGGUACUCAUGCAAAAAAAAUAACCCCGCCACACUCUGCCCCUGUUGUACACUGAAUGCAAUACUCUGAUAUGCUGUAGUAACAUUUUAAUAGGUAAUAUAUUUUCUUGGGAAGGCUGGUUAAUCCACUGUGGCUGUUUUUAAAAGUUAGGCUCCAUAGUUUGGUUGUAUGUAAACAGCUAGACUGAAUUGUCUGGUUGUAUAUAAACAUCUAGACUUACGUGCAGUUGUUGAGAAGGCUGCUAAUUUGUAAGUGAUGCAACAUGGUUGUAAAAUAAGAUGCAAGUUAUUGUAAGUUGCUUUUGCUCCACUGAAAAAUGAUCAACAGGAUGUAAAUGUGAUGCUUGAUGAAGGCCUUUAAGAGAAUUGUAAAGUUCUUGUGAUAAACUGAUAGAAAAAGAUUAUUUUCGUAAUUAUGUUACAUAUUUAUUUUAGUAAACAGUUGUUAUUGUAAUGAUUUUUCUUUGCCAAAUAUUUCCUUCUGAUAAAUUUCAUGUUAUCUGGGAGCAUAGCUGAGUAUAUAUACAGUUCCAGUGUAAAAAUUAUGUCAAUUCCCAUGUACUUAAAUAUUUUCUUUUUAGAAUUUUACACUGUGGGGAAGACAUAUAAGUGUAAUGGCAUCACUUACAAAGUCUGCAGUGUUCACAUAUAAAAAUAUACUGACUUAACUCUUAAGGGAACAUUAUUUAGCGACUGGGUGUUGAUAGCAUUUAAGAGAAUCCUAUCUCUAGUUCUAAAAGGCUCUAAUUCUAUGGCUGAAAGAUAUAUUCGUAUUCGUUUUUAUUCGUUUCUCAUCUGUACUUUGCUACGGUGUUUUGGGUGCGCAUAGUUUGUCUUUUGUUUCUCAGUUGUACGCUUUCAUUUGCGACGAAUACAUCUACACUAGUAGAUUCACAUCAACCGUGCAUCUGAUGCCUAGGCCAGUCCCUUAAGAUGUUCCUGAUUGGUUGUUGAUAAGCCAAUCACAUGGCUGGAAACUCUUGAGAGUUCACAUAGGCAGGGCGUAUGUUCCACACCUCCUGAGGGUUACUUUUGACAGACGUAUCCCUCAGGAGAGGUGGAACAUACAUCCUGCCUAUGUGAACUCUUGAGAGAGACUGAGAGUGGCCAGCCCUGUGAUUGGCUUAUCAACAGCCAAUCAGGAGCUUCGUAAGGGAUUGGCCUAGACAUUUGGUGCACGGUUGAUGUGAAUAUACUAUAGUAGUACAUACUCGUCAACUACUACUACUUCCACUUCUGUUUCAUGAAACCACGGAGCUUAGUUCGUGCUGUUAACGAUUUUUCUUGUUUUAGAUUCCGUAGUUGCCAUGUUUUAUGAUAUAGCUUUGCGAGCUGCAGUUAUAUGUUGCCAAUCCAAUUUGUAGCUGUUCUGUAGAUUUGUAAAUAAAAGAUAUUAGGAUA